UUCCCCUCUGACUGCUGCGUCUCCGCUCCUCCAGCAUGAUGUGGCUCCGACGAGUUCCCUGCGUGGCAGUUGUGAUCCUGUUGCUGACAGUACUGAGCCCUCCCGUGGCUUUGAUCAGAGACCCCAGACCACGGUUUUUGGAACAAGUUAAACAUGAAUGUCAUUUCUACAACGGGACGCAGCGCGUGCGGUUUCUGGACAGAUACAUCUACAACCGGGAGGAGUACGCGCGCUUCGACAGCGACGUGGGCGAGUACCGCGCGGUGACCGAGCUGGGGCGGCCUGACGCCGAGUACUGGAACAGCCAGCAGGGGGUCCUGGAGGAUGCGCGGGCCGCAGUGGACACGUACUGCAGAUACAACUACGGGGUCUUUGAUAGCUUCGCUGUGCAGCGGAGAGUUGAGCCCAAGGUGACUGUGUACACUACAAAGACACAGCCUCUGGGACACCACAACCUCCUGGUCUGCUCUGUGAGUGAUUUCUACCCUGGCAGCGUUGAAGUCAGAUGGUUCCGGAAUGGUGAGGAGGAGAAGGCUGGAGUCGUGUCCACGGGCCUGAUCCUAAAUGGAGACUGGACCUUCCAGACGCUGGUGAUGCUGGAGAUGGUUCCUCAGGGUGGAGAUGUUUACACCUGCCAGGUGGAGCAUCCCAGCCUGGCCAGCCCUGUCACAGUGGAGUGGAAGGCGCAGUCCUCAUCUGCACAAAACAAGAUGCUGAGUGGAGUCGGGGGCUUCGUGCUGGGUCUGCUUUUCCUUGGAGCUGGGCUGUUCAUCUACUUCAGGAACCAGAAAGGACAGUCUGGACUUCAGCCAACAGGACUUCUGAGCUGAGUUGAGGCCAUAAGGCUGAAGUAAGGAGUUCUCUCCCUGUCUCCACAUCAUCAAAACAUGUCCUGUUUGGCCCACAUUCCUCCAGAGACAUGCUCUCCCAGGACCUGGCUCCUCCUGAUUCUCUAUCUUGGAGAUCUGUGCUCCUGAUGGCUGCUUAGCCCCUGGACAGGCCUUGCACCCUCUGGGACAGAGGCCCCUCUCCUCACCUCCCCUGAUACCUUUUGUCCCUUGCCCUUUGUCUGGUGUUUUUGAGCCAGUCUGCUGUUAUAUGCUUUUUUACGUUUUUCUCAAAUAAACAAAGAAUGAAAGUCAUCUGCCUCAAAGUUUCAAGCAGAAGAACUACCAAAGAUAGAAGAAACGCCACUGUAAGACACUGUUCAUGCAUAAUAAGCAUGGGGCAUAGUGUACAAGAAAUAAAUUCAGUUUUAAUUUGUUACUUGUCAA